AAUGGAGAAGUAGGUUACGCAAAUUGGCGGUUUGUUUAAAAGAAAUUAAGUCAACAUGUCGGAUACCAAUAUUAAAAAUAGAAUGGACACGUUAAGAAAGUCAUUUAGACUUCCAUGGAAAACAGGAAAGCGUUAUAAUGUACUGGAAGGGAAAGAAAACACAUACUUUAACACACCGAAACCGUCACACAGACGACAAAGUUCAGACGGGCAGAUACAAAACAUUCAACAAAAUAACAAGGAAAGUCGCUUCAAAAGAAAUACGAGUCUUACGAGAUCAGUGCGAGAUGCUGUUGGAACAAUAAAACAGAAAUUCCGAUCAUCAACAAGACAGAGGAAAAGGUUACAUGAUGAUAAACCAACAACUCCUUUACGUAAGACAAAGAAAACAACACAGAGUGCAGGGAAAACAUCCAAUCAGAUGGCUUACAGAGAUGUUAAAAUGUACUCGCCAUUUACCAUUGAGACACCAAGGAAACACAAAGGAAUCAGGACAGUUACACAGUCUAGAGCAUGUAGGCAGGAACAAUUUGAGACACCUACCAGACUAAAGAGAGAAGUAGAAGCAUUAACAGCAAAUAUGAAAGCACUCGCAGCUUUAACACCCAAUACUUUACAAGACAGAGCUUCUAGGAGAAAAUCACCAAUCACAAAUGGUAGUUUGAAAACCAGGACAACAAGAACAAGCAUGACAGCAAGAAAACAGAUCCAUACAUUUGUAUACUGAGUAAACCAGCAUCUUAA